CAAAGAGGAAAUGGCAUUCGGCCUCGUGCAGCAUCGAGAUCAUCCGUCUGAUUCUUGAGCCUCUUGAACCACUAAGCCGGUAUGGGAGUUCUAGGAAGGAACGAAACGUGGAAUAGCCUUGCAUCAGCUUUGCGCACUUCACAACCCACUCCGGAAACAGGUUACAUAGCAUUAUCACAGCUAAUUGGAGCCAUUAUCGUGUUGGCUGGGGUGAUCCUGGGAGUAAUGACGUACUUCAGCUACCGAUGGCUGAUCUCUCGUCUACAACCAAUAAUAUGCUCAGAAGAUGGAAACUCUGCUCUUUUACCUCCUUUAAACUCUCCUGGUGCUCCCUCUCUGAAGAUAAGUCACAGCUUACCAGACAUUAAAGAGGAAUUGCAAAAAGAUGCUUUCUGGCCAGACACUAAAAAAGAAGCCCCACCUCGACAGACAACUUUGCCAACUGUGCCGGCAAGACACCAGACGUUUCAGAGACAGCUCUCCUAUCGUCUGGAACUCAAUAACGUUCCUUUUGAAAUUUGUCACAAACCAAUCCGAGAAAAAGCAUCGGUGGGAGAAAUUAAACCCGAACUUUACAAGAAAGAACUUGUCAAAGAAGCUUCUAUUGACACACCGGAGGAAGAGAAGAAUAUGCACAUUCCUUGUGGGAAAUUACAUUUUAUACUCAAAUACGACUCUGAUGUCGAAGGGCUCAUCGUCAGGGUUUUACGGGCUCAAGACCUUCCUCCUAAAGACUUCUUUGGAACAGCUGAUCCUUAUUUAAAGAUUUCCCUUCUUCCUGAAAGAAAGAAAAUUUUUCAGACCAGGGUUCACCGUAAGAAUCUUAACCCUGUCUUCAAUGAAACGUUUGUUUUCGGAGGAACCCAAAACCAGCUAAGGAACAGGACCCUGCAAUUCUCCUUGUACGACUUUUCCAGGCAUGACCUGAUUGGUCAGGUACAAGUCACGGGUUUCGGCGAGAUUUGUGACAUUGCUCACGAAGUGGAGUACACCAUGGACAUAAUGUGCGCCCCUCAGGAAAAGAGAGAUCUUGGAGAGCUUAUGCUGUCUCUGUGUUAUCUACCGACAGCAGGAAGACUGACAGUCACUGUACUGAAAGCUAGGACUCUGAAAGCUACGGCCAUCGCUGGCUCUUCAGAUCCUUAUGUAAAAGUGUCUUUGAUGUGUCAGGGGAAAAGAAUAAAAAAGAAGAAAACAUCAGUCAAAAAAGAAACUUUGAAUCCCGUUUACAAUGAGGCAUUAGUAUUCGAUGUUCCUGCAGAAAAUAUUGAAGACGUAAGCUUAAUCGUCAAAGUUCUGAAUUAUGACAGGGUUGGAACCAACGAAAUGAUGGGAUGUUGUGCAAUCGGAAACGGAUGUAUCGGUCUGGGACGCGACCAUUGGAUGGAGUUGCUGGAUAGCCCUCGGAAGCCCAUAGCCCAGUGGCAUCCUUUAGCAGAAAAUAUACCGAGUUGUUUAGAACCAUCCCUGGUAAAGUGCAUCAGCACGGGCUGAUCAUUAACUCGAAUACAGUCAGUUGAUGAAAUUCUGAUGUUUUCUUAUUGGCUUUGACAGGCGUUGGCGAAACUGUAGGUCAUCGAACUUCCUCAGUCAUGCCCAUGUUCUAAACAUCCAUCAAACCUUCUACAAACAACAAGUUGCGAAGAUUGGAUGGCGUGAGCAACGUUUAUGAAACAGAUAAAAACUAACUUCACUUUUGUCGUAGACACUGUCCUGGGUUAUAGUUUAGGGACGAAGUCAUUGUGGCUUUUAAAAUGUAACUUUGUGUUAAUUAUCAUUUAAUUUUUAUACAACUGUAAACUAUACCACUAGCUUUUCCGUGUGGGUUUUUGUUUCCAACAUAUCAUAUAUUCCACAUCCAUUAAAACAAGUUUGAUGUAUUGGAUAUAUAAUUUGAUAUUCACUGAUGAUUUAUUUUGGCAUUCCUAGAAACUCCAUUUUUUAUUCACUAUGAUCAACUAAAAAUGUUUUCUCGCUAAUAUAUUGCUAAAAAAUCAUCUUUAAAAGCUCAGUAUAUCAUCAGCUCUAAAGGCACCUGUUCUAAAACUCUCAGUUCAAAAUUCUAGGCUCUAGACAUUAACUUCAAACUUGAAAAUCAUUAGUGCUAAAACCAUUAUCUAGAGGCAAGAUCGUCCUAAUCCAAAAAUCUAAUUGGAAGUAAUAUCCUGAUUUGAAAUUUGAAACCUACUAAUUGUGUUGGGAAAAGUAAGUAAAAAACAGUUUAGUCAAUAUUAUAUAAAUAUCAAACUGGCCCUCACUUGUUACUAUAAGUUAAAGCAAUAGAAAAAUAGAUAUUUAUAUAUACAUACUAAAAUACACGUGGGUUGUCCAACCAGCAUUUGGUCAUGUCACAACUUCCUUUGCCAAAGAACAGCGCAUGUCGGUUAAAACUUUAAAAAACUAAAAUCAUGUAAGUAAUUAGAUCAAAAUUGGUUUCUUCAAAACAAUAAUUAAUAGAAAAUUUCUGCUGAAUUAAUUUGACAUUUGUAAUCUAAUUUUAUUUUUGCUAAGGAAAUGCUUGGAGAGAUUAUUUCAGGAAACCAAAAGAAUGUAAAAAAACUAACUUUAUAUUUUAAUGAAAUAAGUGUUUCUUCAUAGCUUCUGUGCUAGUACUAAUAAAUGCUGGUAGAUAAUUUCCACCAUGAUUACCCAACUUCAGCAUUAAAUCAUCGAUGAAAGCUUUCCAUUAGAAAUUCUGCGGGUACCUCAUAAAUUUUGAAAAUAAAUAAAACAGAUAAAAAUGAAAUAAGAACGUUUGUAGUUCUUAUAUAUAUAUAUUUUCUAUUUUUAGCUGAGUUAUUUAUUUCCACAAUUAUUUAUUGGCUAUCUAUUAGUACAGAGAGAUAAAAAUUUUAUCUGGAUUUUCUUUUUUUAAAUUCUACAGCUCUCAUAGCACACGAAGUGUUUGGGUAAAGCCAUUUUGCUUGCACAAUGUACAUAUGGAUUGUAUUGUAUGUUGUGGCAUGCCUGAUAGGCUCAUUAGCUUAAGACAAAUCUGCCUUUAUUUGCUGUUGAAAACACUAGUGUUCUUCAAGACUCGGUAAAUUAACAUAAAUAUUUUGAACAAACUUUAACAAGUUGUAAAGAAUGUCGAUCUGUAAAGUGUGGUUGAAAAUCAUAUUUCGAGUAAUAUCAGAUGCUAUUAGACGUAGAUGGUACGUUCUUCUACUGGAUUAGCUUCUUGUCGCUGUUAGGUAAGCAUCAUUUGUAUAUAUCGAUCUAAAAAUUUCUGUUUUAUUAUUUAGACGUUAAGGGCGGUGAAAAAGCCCAACAUAAACUUCAGAUGUUAGCUCAUAUUUUAAUGUACUAUAUCAGUGCAAACCUAAUCUUCAGUGUUGUAGUUCUACCCCUUCAGUUCCCUGAAUCUUAUCUUUAAAAGUACAACCUUAAUCAUCUAGUGGCUACAUUAUAAAAUUUCGUUUACUCUUUGUGCUAACAGGACAAAAGUAAAAACGUACAAUGUUACGUACAUAAAUUUGCUUUAUCUGUAUAUAUGUGUGUGUGUGUAGAUACUGGUAUUGAGUCUUUAGGUCUUAGAAUAUUAUGUGAUGAAAUAUAUCCUUCUAUAUUCGAUUCAAACUGUAUACUUGUAUUAAACUUCUACAUUUAAACCGCAUUGUAGAAGCUGCUGUACAGUGGAAUAGUAAUUUUGUAUCUUGUUUGUAAGAGCAGCUUAUGGAAAUGCUAAGCAUAAUAUUUUACAUAGCCUCGUAAUUUUCUAAUAAUCUGUAUAAAGAAUGCACGAUGUUAUGACGAGCACGUGGAAUAAUGGUAAAUAAUUGUUGAAUAUUGUACAUGUUUUGUCAAUUUCACUUUCUUUGAAUGUUCCAUGUUUACUGUGAUAAAAUCCAAAUUCCCACCUUAAUAUUUAAGAAAGAAGUGCAGCGGAACAAGUUUUUGUCUUUAAGCUCAAUUUAUACGUACGUGAUCGUUCGUUUGUAAAUUGAAUAUAUAUAUACAAACAUUUUUUUACGUGAGUUAUCAAACGGAUUAUGUUUUAUAUCAUACUUGUUGUAUUUUACAUCCACUUGUCACCUUGAAUAAAGUAUAAUAC